AUGCGCGUCAUAGGGGCCGUGCUGGCUUCAGCAGCAUAUGCAGGAGUGUGCGAGGAGCUCCAAAUCCCCAUGGACACAGUGACCGUGCCUGGGAUGGGUUUUGUGUGCAAAGUUCGAGAAUGUGAGACACCGGUAUACGGACCAGAUGGGAAGCCCAACUGCGUGCCGUGCAAUCAGGAGCCUGCCACAGCAACAAGAGAUUUGCCCGGGAGUGAGUUUUGCCCUACGGAAAUUGGCAAGUGCGAGGCAGGGAAGUGUGUGCCUCGUGAUGAGUCUACCUACUAUGAAGAGAACUUUGGCAAGAAGUGGGAGGGAUUGUCGACGUUUCAUGCGAUCACGGUGACUCAUUACGGAGGUUCUGUAGCCUCGGGAGGGUACAACGGUGCCUUUGAUGUGGAUGCGAUUGAAGAGUGUAUGCUCAAGUUGGGCAUCGACGGAAUUGCGGCCGUACCGCCACAGAUGUAUGGGUCAGAUGCAUUUUACGGACAGGCCUCUUUCAAACGCAAUAAUCUAUGCUACAAGUUGGUCGGUGCAGAUGGAAUAUCUCGUGUGGUCGCUAUUUUUGAUCGCUGCGGUGGUUACGUACAAUGCAAGGGUGGUUCCACCCAGAUCGAAGAUGUGCGGGACUUGCCUACGAUUCAGUUCCCUCAGAUCGACGUGGCGCCGGGGGCCACGGCCUGGGCGGACGCGAACCAGUGUGUGAGCAACCCGGGUGCGACGAUUCUGAGCGGGUUGGGACAACGUUGUUGGUACUACACCGACGGUUCGGACCCGGCGAUUGUGCCCAAAGCUUGUUGCGAGGGUGGCUGCAGUCAGAUCUCGGGCACGGACAAGUGGGGACAGGUGGAUUGGUGCGGUAGCAGUUCCCAUCCGCACUUUGAUUUGUCAACACGUCUGAUGGACUUGUUGUGCGACGCAGGUGGCGGGGGUGGCAUCGCUGUGGGUAGUUGCCAACUGCAAUGGGUGGAGCCGGUCAAGUGUCCCGUUUGGCCGAAGCCAGGUGUGUGUUGUGAGCAGAGUGAGACUUGCGGUGAAUCAUGCACACCAAAGUCGGGCAGUUGCGGCAACUCCGAAACUGAUUGUGGCUCUUGUGGUGGCAAGUGGUGUCCCGGCGACAGCUGGUACGACAUCUGCGAUGCAGACCCCACCGAUAUCCCCACACCCUACCCCGAGUGGACAACCAAUCCCCCUGAUCCGCCCACGCCAACUGGUGGUCAGACCCGGGCCCCCUCGCCCCCUCCACCUGACGACGCUGACACCCCGACCCACUGGCCGGGAACCAAGGCCGAUCCAGGUCCCAUUACUACUAGUGGCGACACCACUGGGGCAACUGAUGCCACUGGGGCUACUGACGCCACUGGUGCUACCGAUACUCCGGGAACUCAAGCCACGGGAACAGGUGCUACGACACACCUCCCCACACAGAGCCAAGACGAGGAGGAGAAGAAGAAGGUACCAGUCGGUGCUAUCGCUGGCGCCGCAGCUGGAGUUGCUGCCGUCCUCGCUGCCGCCGGAUUGGGAGCCCGCCAACUGCGCAGUCAACCUGACAUUGACGCCGCCUUCGAGCAAGGCGACGACCUCGGCGAAGCUGAUGAGGACAACCGAGAAGGCAUGGCGCAACAGGGCUCCGAAGAUUUUGCUUAG